AGGCAUGCGGGGGGUCGGCCGAGGGAUUAAAAAAUAAGAAUAAAAUAAGAAUAAAAAAUAGGGAUCUCCGCAAGGCAGCUGCAAAAAAGGAAAAGGAAAAUAAAAGUGGGAGGAGGAUGCAUACUGCCCGCCUCCUCUUUCUCAGGAACUAAGGGGGAGGAGAGAGUCAAGGGUGCGGAUCUCCAGUCAUUUGUAAUCUCUCUCUUUUAAAACUUAUUAAAUAAGGAAACACGUCCACAAUGUCUGGGCGCUCUGUGGUCUCCUUCAGCGCUGUGGAUGCCUGCCUUUCGUCUCUGAAAACCUGCCAGUCCAACAUAAGUACCGGAAUGGACAUCGCUACAACUGUUGCUCUGGACCUUGUGGAAAGUAAAAACGACAUGAAAGAGGUUGAUGAAAUGGAAAGGGUGAUGUUGGAAUACGCUGCAAUGAGCAGAGAAAUGAACCACUAUAUGGAAGCUGUUGAAGACACUGUGAAUCAGCUCAAGCGAGACAAGCCAGAAACACUGCCGGAUUUGAAAAAUGUAGUUGAAGAGAAGUUUGAAGCCUUGGAGAGCAGAAACAGUGACCUUGACUUGCAGGGAAAUGAGAAAUAUGUCCACUUUAAGGAGCAACUCAGGCAAAUGAAGGCUCAGUUCGGUGUCCAGUCAGAUGGGGAAAAGAGCUCGCCGCUUGAACAGGUUGAUGAGGACCUUGCAGUGACGCAAAGUCAGAUGAACUUUGUGUGCCCCAUCACACAGGUAGAAAUGAAGAAACCUGUCAAGAAUAAAGUCUGUGGGCACUUCUACGAAGAAGAAGCUAUCCUGGACCUGAUCCGACGCAAGGAACAGCGUGGCAAGAAUGCCUGCUGCCCCAAGGUUGGCUGCAGUAACCUCACCGUCAGGAGAUCAGACCUGGUGCCGGAUGAAGCCGUUAAGAGAGCAAUCGACAGUCAGAGUAAACAGAGCCGGUCAACACAGUAGAAGUCAGCUGGCACUCCCGCGGCUGUUACGACAAAGAAAAUGUGAUGUUAGAAGAGGUCGCCUGAGAUAAGUUGCUGAUUGCCAGGUGGUUGUGUAACCGGUUGUUAUUUCAAGUAUUCCAAUUGCAGGCAAAGUUGAAGGUCUGACCUGUCGCCGAAAGCAUUUUCCUUGCUCCUUCGAGAGUGCCAGGUGUAAAACGCUGCCACCCAACCUGUUUUUUAAUUCCUUUUUAAAAAUGUCACCCAGCAGUUGACGUCUUGCGUUCUGUAAAUAAAAACGUAUUUCUCUCAUU